AUGGCAGUCCUGGUUAACGGGAGUCCUUCAUCAGAAUUCAGAACCGGUCGUGGCCUAAGACAGGGCGACCCUUUGUCGCCCCUACUUUUUAAUCUCAUCAGUGAAGCUCUACAUCUGAUACUUGAUAGAGCCUGUAAAGUGGGUCUGUUAAAAGGCAUUUCUCUAGGUAAUGGUCCUUGCCUUUCGCAUAUUCUCUUUGCUGAUGACACGAUUAUUCUAUUGGAUAGUACCUGGAAUUCUUGCAGAGGUGUUAGAAUAGUUCUCAUCUUAUUUGAAAUUCUUUCGGGGCUUAAGGUUAAUUUCCAGAAGAGUAAAUUAUAUUCUAGCAGAGGUGCUACAUCCAUUGCAAUAAACUUUGCUGCUUCUGUCAAAUGCGAGAAAGCUGACUAG